AUGAAUAAAGAGAAAGUAGAAGAGAGCAUCAUGUCAUACCUGAGUGAGACUGAAACAAGCCCAAAAGACUGUAAGUAUUUGAGAAACUUUUACCAAGAACUUAGAUGCAUGUUUCUUUUACACAGCAGAAUAGAGCAACUGUGCUUAACACCGACCUGAUAAGGAUGCAUUCAAAAAAGACAGAAAGUGAAUGUUUCCACAUCAUAUUACAAACUUUGUAAGGAGUGUCUUUAAAGUAAUCUGUGCUUCCAUUCACUGAGCUGCAAAGAAUUGUUUGGCACUAAGUGAAGGACAUAGGAAACAUUUCAGCCUAAUUCAGGGUCAAAAGCAGCUCAAGGGGUUUACAAAAUACUGAUUUGUGUAUUUUAUUGGGAGAUACAUCCAGCUCCUGAUUCUGCUCAAAUAAACACUGUCUGGAAAUGCUGAUUAACAGAUGUCUAGCUUGUAUAUCAUGUGUCUCUCUCAUGUGUGCAGUGAAUGUUGUCUCCAUGCUUCACAACUUCUGGGAGAGAAGGCAGAUGAGUCAGUCAAACGGUUCCCCCCGUGACUCGGACGGUUCUGUCGGCGAUGCAGCGGCGCGUGCGGAGAGUCUGCUCUUGUACGAGUCUGCACCGUCCCCUGGUCCACCGUGUGUCUGCUACGUCACCCUGCCUGGAGGAAGCUGCUUUGGCAACUAUAAGGUGUUAAUCAUCACAAGUGCUGUCUGAAUUCCCCUUUGUGUGAAGUUAGGAACAAAACUGGAAUCAGGUAUGAGAUGAUGCAGUGGGUGUUUUAUUCUUUAAACUGGAAACUGCGACAUCUCCUGUUAAGAUAGCCUUAAAUCAACAACUGCUCAUCACUCCAUCUGAAUAGUUACUGCAGCUUGAGUUAUAUAUUUCCUUUAAGUUACUACACAUCAUAUGCAUAUUCAUAUGUAUACAUAGAUAGCAGGUUUCUGUACUUUUAUCAGCAUUGUCCUUAAUCAACCAAUGCACCAGUCUACAAACUGAAGCACCCCUAGGAAUUAUGAUGUCUUUGAAGUUGGUAUUUUUAUGUAUUUGCCAUAAGUUUUAUUAUAUUAACUUCCACAUCCAGAGUAACAAAGAGGGCCCUUCAGUGGUUAUAAGCAAACAAUUUAAAGUUGUUGUAGAGUUAUGGUUUUCUCAUAAAAUCUUACAAUGUCUCUCAGUAAGCUCAUUGUGACCCAGACAGCAGCUGGCAGGCCAAAGAGGUCAUGUGAUUUGUCGUCUGAAAUCUAACUGGUGAUUUAGGUUCUGAUCCUAUAAUAAGCUGCAGUGAAGUGGAAAAGUGUCAAAAAUGAAAAGAGAAAAUUGGGCGUCUAUUUCCAGAUAAGACUUGAAACAUUGGACACACACCAGCUGACCCUGAAAUGUCUCUGAAGCGACAUAGUUUCAUGUCUUUCGCCUCCUUCUGUUUUUGGCACUGGUUUUUAAAGUGUAUUUACCCCUGUUACACAGCAUGUCCUCCUCCUCAGGUGUGUGCCAGUCAGGCAGAGGCUCGGCGGGAUGCAGCCCGUGUGGCUUUGAUGAACUCACUGGUGAACGAGUUGCCGUGUCGACGAAUAACCCCCCAGUUUAUAACCCAGAGUUUGGAGCAGGCAGCCACAGACAGCGCUGUGAGUGUGAACCAAAACAUGAAUACAGUAUAUUCUAAAACAUGUCUGGUCCUAAACAAGUGCUGUUUUUGACUGUUGUGCCUGUUCAGGUCACUAUUGAAGAUGCAUGUGAUUCCAACACCAGUUUAGGAACUUACAACACACUACUCCACUCAUACAUAGGGCGGACCAUGCUGGAGUUCCAGGUUUGUCAAAGUCUAUUUUGAAAAUGUUAUUUUUCUUAUAUUUGAGCUCAUUAAUAAUAUCACAGAGUCUUGUGGUAAACGCGUGAAAGAUUAAUUUGCUGUAAGGUAUUCUGGCUUCAGUAAGAGCUACAUUGCACUAAAGAAUAACUAGUUUAUUUGUAAUUGGAUAUAAUUAGUGAUUAUUUAGUCAAGGUAUUCCUUCCUCCAGUGUUAGCACAACACCAUUUGUUGGUUUUUGUUCUAUAUUUACAUGAAGUCUCACUUUAUUUUGAGCCCAGGUAAUAACAGCUAAUAUUUCCACUUUUGUAUAAAUAAGCAUAAGUCCACAGACAGAGGGCUAUUAGCAGGAGGAAAUGGGUUCAUUAUCAUUCCUGGUAGCCUGCAGAGAAAAAGAACUUUCAAGCAUUAUGAACACCCAAGUAUGCACAUGAGUAGACUUGCACACACAGCAUCAACAAUGUCUUUGCAGGUUGGACUAGGAUAUUUUGCAUGCCAUAUAUGUCCCACUGCGCAAUGCGACUUCGAAAUAACGUCUAUUUGACGUAAUUUUUUGACGUCAAAAUCACGUCUCCUGAAGGUGCAGAAUGAAAGUUUUUUUACGUCUUUUUCGGACAUCAUUUUGACGUCCAAAUCGGACGUCCACAAGACGUCAGAAUUGGACAUUGAAAUGACGUCUAUAUAACGUAGUUUUUCGACUUUUAAAUCAUGUCUCCGUCUGACGUCUUGUGGACGUCCGAUUUGGACGUUGAAAUAACGUAAUUUUUUUUUUCGACAUCCAAAUCAUGUCUCCUGAAGGUGCAGAAUGAAAGUUUUAUUUGCGUCUUUUUCGGACGUCAUUUCGACGUCCAAUUCUGACAUCUUGUGGACGUCCAAAUCGGACGUUGACAUGACGUGCAAUUUCGGUCGAAAUUGGCCGUCGAAAUCAGGUCCUCUGGAGGUGCACUGGACAUCCGAUCAACGUCUUAUUGACGAAAUUGGUCGACGCUGAGAUGUGGUCCUUGGCGGACCACACAAACACGUCCAAAUGAGGCACAAAUGCGGACGUCAAUUUAACGUCGAAAAGAGGUCCAAUACUGACGUCUAAAUAUUGGAUCUAUUUUGCACGUUAACCGGACGUUGAGAUUUGGUCUAUGAUGACAUCCAAAUUCUGAACGUCGGAGCGACGUCUAAAAAAGGUCCAGUUUAGACGUCGAAAUGUCUCACCUGUUUUGCACGUCCCACUGAGGUCUAGAUGUGGUCUUCGACGGACCGACCCAAUACUGACUUGAUCUGCACGUCUUUUCGACGUCCGAUGUUUGGUGGGGUCAUAGAUCAGUUUAACUUAAUCCGUAUUUUUUCUCUGUUUAUCACUCAUGUCACCAGUUCCUGACACAUAGCAGCGGUAAGGUAUUCAAUUCAUCAUAAGUUAGAGUGAAAUCAACCUGUUUUAUUCUGGUCAUCCACAGUCUAGGUGUGUGUUUAAAGAAACAGCCAUAAGUUAUCUCAGUCAGAUCAAUACAUAGAGACGGAUUUUAAGUUUUAAGUUAAGUCUUGGUCUCACGUUCUCUCUCUCUCUCUCUCUCUCUCUCUCUCUCUCUCUCUCUCUCUCUCUCUCUCUCUCUCUCGUACACAUACAAUUAUGUAUCUCAUUCUUAUUCUCUUUUUCACCCUCUUCUCUUUGAAGGAGAUGAUGACAGUGUUCCAGUUGUUGCACUGGAACGGGACUCUAAAAGCUCUAAGAGAUAGACAGUGCUCCCGACAGGUAAAGGUCUGCAUGUUUUAUGUCUGGUUAAUUCAAUAAACCAUCAGUUUCUCUGCUGAUGAGUGGCAAUAAUUGUUUAUUGUCUUCAUUCCACUCAGAGUGUGAUCGCUUACUACUCUCAACGAGGACUGGAUGAGUACAUGCGCAGCAGCUUGGCUCUGGAUUGGCUUGUGCGUGAGCAGAAGUCACAGGGGCGAGUCGGGGAGGAGCUGCAGGUGGCUCAGAGGGAGCUGGUGUUGGCCAGGCGGCAAGGCAUUGAGCUGCGCUUUUACAAGGAGAAGACAGAGAUUCUCAGCUUGGCUCUGAGUCAAGCUUAUGUUCACCGCACACCUGCAGCCUCCAAUCAGGUGCAGAGUCAUGCAUUAAAUCAAGAGCAUCUUCCUUUGCACACAUUGUGUAGCCAAGACACAGAUAUCCAGAUAACUCCACCGAGCAGUCCUACACUGAGAAACACAAAGCAGUCAGUGUAUCAAACCUCUGCCGAACAGAUGCUUCAUAGUAGCCCUUCACUAUGCUCACAGCAGACUUUUGUGCCUUUGAAUGACUUUGAAUAGAGUGAAGUUGAACUUAAAGAAUGGACAGCAUUGAAGCUGGACUGUAUAAAGAAGCUCUGCCACUGGGGAACAGAACAUAAGUACUGUCAACGUCUUUAGAGCUCUGUAAUCACAAAUUUGUGUUUAUUUUUGUAUUAUUAAUACUCUCACCUUAUUAACAUUCUUUUGUGAAUAUAGACUUCUAAUAAUGGGUUGUGUUCUAUUAACCACAAGUUAUAAAUCAUUGAUAUUUAAUUCAGUAGAAGCUAAUUUAACCAAAUUCUAGAUGUGACUAUUUUUUUUGCUUAAGCUCUCUUUAUGUCCAGUUAUGUUUUCAGUAGCAUGUUAUAAUAAACAAGCCCGCCUGAAACUGAUAAAGCCUAUGAACUGUGAUUGCUAACCCAACAACUCCCCAAUGUGUAACUUUUACUUUCUUCUGCUUCGCCCUGCAUGUCAAUUUUCUCCAUGGAAAUCAACAGGCAGAGCAGCUCAGGAUGUGUAAUAUUAAGGUCUAGCACUUACAAUGUGUGUAUGAUAAUAUGCUUACAGACCUAUAGCAUUCAAAUUAGGGGGUGCACUUUAAAGGGAAUAUGUUUAUCAAAAUUGUUGUUUGUACUCUUGUAAAUAAAUAUUAUAAUUCUUAUAAUUGACUGUGAGUAACAUGACAGUUGCUGUAUGAUUUGCAAUGUAUCACUUAUAUAAUCACUUAUGCUAAACGAACAGAAAUUAGAGAAAUCUAUGGGGCUUUUAUUAGUUUUUGUUUUUUAACUUAUGAUCCACAUUUUCUGUCGAUUUUCUUCUCGUAUUGAUUUUUUGUAUGUCAGUUGGCCUGGAUCUUGAGCCCAACACCUUUUGAAUGAGUGAAGCUAAACUUACAACAAUAGGUACAACAAUUUACCAAUCCGCGUUAAUUCUUAAUACUUAAAACUAACAAUUUAUAAUUCCUCUGAUUUUUAACAUUAGGGAUGUUUUUUUGCAAAGUCAUACAACAGAGCUCUGUGAACGUUUGAAACAUGAUAGAUCACAGGUGUCAAACUCAAGGCCCGGGGGCCAAAUCUGGCCCAUGGAACAAUUACAUCUGGCCCAUGAGAUCAUAUCAUAUUUGUAUUAUUAUUAUUGGCUCACCAGUAUGAGGUCUGCAGAUUUCUUCCAGGAUAAUAAUGUAAACUUUAGCACCAUAUUUAAAAAAAUCCUUAAUAAUACAUAAGUAUCUGGAAAGGAAAGAGCACGGAAGGUUUGAUAAAUAGUCAAGAAUGUGGGGAAAAAAAUGUGUUUUAUCCAUAUUUCCAAUUUUUCAUCUCAAGAUUACAACUCAAACAUGAUUUGACUUUUUAUUUAAUGCUUUGAUUUUUUUCCACUCAGUAUUUAGAUUCAUGUCAUUUUAAUCCUUUAGAUUCCGAUUUUAAAUUUUAAGUCAUAUUUUGACUUUAAACUCUUAACUUCAAAAUGAUCUCGUAUUUUGACCUUUCAAACUUAUGAUUUCAACUUUCUCCUCAGGUGUUUGCUCUUUAAAAGCAUUAUUUUUCUAUUUCUAAUUUUGUGUUCUGAUCUUUUGAACUAAUCUAUUGUUUUGGGUUUUUUUUUUUAUCUCAGAUUGCCUUUAAAUUUAUCUUUUUUACUUUUUUAAUUUCUAAUUAGUUUAUAAUCAUUGCUGAUUUUGUUACAUAUAUUUUGAAAAGGAGGCUGACAGUUUGGGUUAAAUGUUGUCUCUGUUUGGCCCUCAGAUUAGAUUUAAAUCCAGAUUAUGGCCCUUGCUGUGGUUGAGUUUGACACCCCUGUUAUGUAUAACACAUUUUUGGCCGUCUAGCUUGCCGUACAGAGGUGGAGCGGUCACGUGAUCGAAGAUUUUGAUCGCCCAGUUCCUGGAAUGAGCAAAACAAAUGACAGCUGACCAGCGGACGGGGCUGAAACCCUGUAUGCCUCUUGUUUACACGCGUUGAAAUCUUAAUUUGAUCAUUUUAGCGACAAUGCGGAAACGUUGAGGAAGCUGGUAAAUAAAAUGACCAUGGACACUGACAGCGUAGCGAGCUAACAGGUUAGCCAAGGUGAGCUACAGGGUUUCUUGUCGGAUAAGUUCCAUAAGCAGGGAGUGCUUUCGCUUUCUAAAAAUGUAUCAUCUGGAUAAUACUUGUUCUUUGAGAGACAUGCUAGCUGGUAUCCUGUUAACUCCCGCCAGCGACUUUUUCUCAACUGGCCACACAAGUGUUUUGUUUACAACCCGUGACAAGUGUUUAUCUUGACCACACAGCUGCUUAUCAUGAGUAUGGACCUCAGUAGCUGCUCGAGCUAAAGGCUGCUCUUUGUUGGUGUUUUGUUUUCGUGUCAGGACUAUGCGUGGUCGGUCGUUCGACAGCGUUUCCGCCAGGCGACAUCUCAGUCAGCUGUUGGUCGGUGUGCUCUGAGUUGUGAAAUAAGCUUUAGUGGGCAGGCAGAAAAGAUGGAGGCUGUGAGACCAAAAAAGACAAAGACCAGAACCAGCGGGAAAUCUCAGGUGAUCAACAAAGUCUUACAUAUUUUUUUCCCUGUCUUUGCUUUUCCUGUCGAUGCCGCAGCUCUACAGUCGGCUCAUCUGUCUACUCUGAAAACUAAUAUUUAUUUCUGACCUGUGUUUACAUUUCCAGGUGGCAAGGAAGCAGAAGAAAGAAGAGGAAGACAAACAAGCAACAGCUCCCCUGGCUGUCUGUGAUGAGGCCUCCAUCUCUGGCUUCACCGACAUCCCCCUCUGUGUGCCACAACAGGAGCCAGAGAGGAAGAGGAGCAGCAGCAGGACCUUGUUCAGCCUUCUGAGACCACAGCACAGCUAGUGCAUGUGCCCCUUGAAGAACAGCAUACUUCCUCAUCACAGACUUCAUCCAAGCCUCUGUUAACAGAGACUAAUGAACCGAGUCUGAUAUCACAAAGUACUGUACAUCUGACGAAGUCAAGGGAAGAAGAUGGUGAAGUUUCAGCUCAAGUUGCCAAGCUUAAAGUUUCAGUACAGACCACUGAGUUGGAAAAGAACACAGAGUCAUGGAAUCAGCCUCAGUUUCAGGUUCCUAAUGUUCCAAGUGCCCCUGCAUUGUACCCUUCCCUCCCAACACUGGAGGAGGGCCCUGUGAUGCAGCUCCGUGAGGAUGAUGUGAAGAUUGGGGAAAAGGGACCAGCAGUAUUGGCCCUUCCUGAGCAGGAAUCCUCUCCUCCAAGUUUGCAGCCUUUGGAAUCUGUAGCGGAACUGUCUAGGAGCAAACUCUACCCAGAGUUACCCAAAACAACUCCAGAAAUUCAGGUGACCAAUGAAAGGCUACAUACAUUAGAUUACAAACUCUUGUGGUUAUUAGUAGAUAGAUUUAAGUACAGUCCUGUUUGGUGUGCAGUCAGACACCAACAUAUUUCAAGGGCACAUUUCAGUGAAAAUUUGACCCAUUAUUUCUUUAACUUGAGAUUUGUUGGGUGUUGGAAAAUAGGAUUCACAAGAAAACUUUUGUUAUGUAAUAGUUUGCCUCUAUUUCGUUUGUCACCAAUGCAUGAGGUUUAACUUAGUAGGCUUUAGUAAAAGUACAAUAUUCAACUGUCAUUGAAAACAGCAUGUUGGUACAGCUUAAUUACUCCUUAAUUUACAUGUACAGUUUAUGAACGGUUUAUAUUUUCUGUUCUGACAGUGGCUGAAUACCAUUUGUUUUGUUUUUGCAAAUAGCCAGCCCCCAACAUUCAACAUUAAAGCAACCAACAUUAAAACACAUUGUCAGUAUAUUGUCAACAUAAACUUCAAUAUCUGAUUGAAUUAGAUAGGUAAUAACUGACAUUAUUCAUGUCUGUGCUUUUCCUCUGCAGCCAUUCUCACUGGAGCAGCUCAGUGUCUGGGAGCCAGGUGGAGGUUUGCAAGCUUGGUUGGAGGGUGUUGAAGUGUGUGCAGCUCAGUUCUGCAAUUUAGCUCGACAGGAGAACCACGAACUGACAGAACUGCUGCAGAACUACUGGCGCUGUCGGAGGCAGCUGACCCAAUCUCACACACAACUGCAUACACAGUCGUCUGAUUGCAAGAGCACGCAGAACCGUCUGUGGAGCUUUAGAGAUGAGCAGCUCACACUUCAGGUGCAGUUUUCAAUGAUGAUAAUAAUGAUUUGUAUUUUUUCACAAGGCAUUUUUUUAAAAACAGGGUUACAAAGGGCUUUACAAAUGAAAAGAAAAUGAAAGAGAAAUGUGAGGAAUACAAUGUCUGAAAACUGAAAAAUGUAAACAACAAUGAGGAGUUACCAUGAGACAUAAGAAAGAAGUAAAACAAAAAAAGGAUUAAGGCUACCAAGUGUUUUUGUUUGAGGGCGGUAGGAACUAAACCAGUUUUCAGUGCUGUUUUUGAUGACAUAUGAGCUGAUAGGCUCCUUAUCUUCUUUCAGAAGUCCCAUUAGCAGGAUAUUAGGAGUGUAAGAAGACUUCAUGUUGUUUAUCACUUUAAUGAAGGGGAUUAAUUAAGAGUGUUAAAAGACUCAAAGCCAGUUGUUGUAAAAUAAAUAACUGGAUCAAGUUAAACAUUCUUCCCUGUAAGGUCACUUAAAUGCAGUUUCUCUUUACAGGGUGUGUGUGGUGAUCAGUCCAAAGUGUGUGGAUACCACCGCUUCCAGCAAGCAGAGUUUAGUCAGAGUGUGUUGGCUGAGCUGAGUCGACUGUUUGAAGCCCGCAGCGAGCUGCUACAUCAGAAGGUGGCGCUGCAUGCAUACACCGCCCUGCUGUCUCGCCUGCAGGUUGAAUCAUAUUUAUAUCGUUUACUGAAAGGUGAGACAUAAAUUCUUCUCGAUUUGUGGUGGCCAUUACCCACUAUUUCUUUCUAUUAUGUUUUAUUUUUUUUGUACACAGUAUUCGUGAGUGAUUGGAUUCCUUUGGUUUUAUUUUUCCAGAUUAUUCUGGUAGCAAACCUCAGCCCUGUUCUUUCAAACCCUUAAAAGAGGCCAUCAGUGUCCUGUUUAGCUUCACACGUAGAGUCCUGGAUGACACACAGUUCCAGACAGACAUCCAUCACUGGCUGGAGAGACUGGUAUACAUAAAAGCAAUCACUUGACUAUUUUAUGUCUCCCAUUUCCAUUGGUCUGUUGGUACAUUGUUGUAUUGUUGUACAUGGUUCUGGUCCUCUCCAGGUUUCAGUUCUGCUGCAUAUUGGAGGGUCUGGAGAGCACCUGUACCUGCUUUCCCAUCUCCUGUGCUGUCCUGCUGGUGUUGGCAAGUGGGCUGCAGCUUUCCUUCAGGUCAGUGAAGGACACGCUUGGUCAUUUCAUGCUGUCUUUUGAUGGUUGUACAUACUGAAUGGUUUCCUGACUCUCAGAUCCAAGUUUGGGGGACUACUAGUGGAGUGCAGGACUUCAUGCAAGCUCUGACUGUCCUCAUGUCACCUGCCAGGUGAAUAUAGGAGCUUCUUUAGCAGGCCCCUUCUGUCUUAGAGCUGUACUCUCAAGCUUGAUUUGUAGUUCAUCUUUUUAGGGACUAACAGGUCCACACAUUUAACCAAUGGCUUCUUUGUUUUGACUCAAGACACCGGGCAGAGUUUCUGGGACAUCUGAAACCCUGUGAGAGCCAGAGCUCAUCAACCUCAGGACCUGAGUCUGGAAACUGGACUUUAGUGGAUGAAGGAGGAGAGGAGGUCUGUAUAGUAAUGGUUAGAAAAACAAAGAACAACUCUUGAAAAGCAGGGUUAAAAUGUCAAAUCUUCUAGGGUGGGUUCACAUAUCAGACUGAAAGCUUGAAGGAAGUGGUAAAAAUAUGAUAAGUUAUGAUUUUAGUGAUAUAUUUAAGAAUAUUUAGCAUCAGAAGUCUUUGAAAAUAAUCUCUCUAAAUCUUUAAGUGUUUUGUUUUCCUACACAAUAUGUGAAACGGUGAUCUUUUACUUUGAUUUGUAAGCACCAGAUUUAUAAAUCUGAAUGUUCCAGUCUUUGUUCUGACCUGCUGAGUCACAUUUAGAGCUGUUGUAAGAAAAGUGCUGAAUGAACACCUAUGACCACUUAAAUAUCAGUCUGCCGGCUGAAAACCAUGACAGCAAUGACGUGUUGCUUAGAAACCACUUUGUUUUUCGAACAUUCAAGGAACACGUUAUUUUCAAAAACAGUAACUUUUAUACAGCUUUCUCUACUUUUUCAUUAUGAAUGCCAGUUUGUUUAUAUUUUAGAAAGAUCUAGUCUCCUUUUUGCUUUUGCAUUAAGCAGGUUAAAAAACUGUAACAAAAGCGGUCAUGACUAAGUUUUGAUAAGAGUGUUUGAAGAGGUUGUUAAACGUUGAGUGGCACUGGUCUUCUUCAUGUUUAGGAUGAGGACCCAGAGAGCAGCUGGCUGUUGCUCUGCGAGGAGGAUCUGAUCUCCCUGCUCAACCAGUUCCCAUUCCAGCAGCUGUAUUCACACAUGCUGGGGAUGAGCAAACCAGGUUGGUGAGUCUGUCCAUUAUUCUUUGAUGUGUCACGCACUGCAUGAACUGACACAUUAUCCUUCCAUCAGGUGUGUACGAACCGCAGGCCUGCUCCAGUCAGAAGAUGAUGCGCGUUUUUGCUUUUGCUUCUUCACUCAUUGAAAUUCUGGCUCUGGGUCUUCAAACCUACAACCGUGCUCGGUAUAGACAGCUGGUUAAACGGAUUGGACACAUCAUACGGUCAGUUUAAGGAUAAAAAGCAUACAGCUAUAACCAUUAAUAUCACUGAACAUUUAUGAUGUUGUCUCUUGUUCUCUGCAUUAGGAUGACUGUGUGUUAUGUCAGUGAUCACUGGGCCCAGUAUGUGAGUUUAAGUGGACCUGUUGGAUCCAGCUCACACUCUCUGUCUUUGGAUAAACUGCAGCUGGAAUACGACCAUCUCUUCCUGCGAGCUGUUUUACAUGUUCUCCGAAACAAAAGGUGAAGAAUUGACCAAGAAUCUUUAUUUUUUACUCAAUCUUUUCACUCUUUGUAGGUUUCUAAUUUUAGUCUGCGGUCCGUCUUCACAGGUUGGGCAUUUGGUUAUUUAUGUCUGAGAUGCCUUAUGGGACUUUGUCCAGCUCCAUGCUGUGGAAAGUCCUGUAUGUCAUGCAGAGUGCAGAGACAGCAGGCCUGGAAAAACUGUACACUGCUUGUGGCACGCAAUCCUGCAUUCAGGCUCUUAGAGGUACCAGUAUAUUUUCUAAACCUUAAGAAAUAUCAUCUCCCAAGACUGGGAAGUGUAACUAACUUGACAGCAUAUGACCCCUCAUGUGACCCCUCAUGUGAUUCGUGGUUUCAUCAUCAGGGAGGAAGCUAAAAUUACCCUUAACUCAACUUGAAGCUCCUCUUAAGUAUCCUAAGGCCCCCCUUUAGACUCUAUGUAUUGGAUUAUGUUCUUUAAAUUAGCUGGGGGUGUUUUUCCUUUUUUCACAGUCUCAUUCAGAUGUCUUUUUCAACUUAAAUGUGUUACUUAUGAAGAAUUGUAACAAAGUCUGCUUCAUUAGUAUGCAGUUAAUCACUAACCCCUGAGUCAAGAAACUUGUCACAAGGGCUCUACAUAAUAUCAAAAGCUUCUUAAAAUGAAUUCUUCUAUUUUGUUGUAAUUCCAAAACCAGGUUCAAGUUGGGGGUUGUAUUAUAUUUUAAUUUGAUUUAAUUAGUUCAUGUAUCUUUUGAAGACCCAGAGCAGCAGGAGAGGUUCGAGCACUGGCUGUGUGAGGUGAACAGCUCUGAUGGUAUCUCCCUCCUUACUGCACUGGCGCACAUGGCUACCCCGACUCAACACUCUGACCCUGCAUUCAUCACUACAAUAGCUCUGCUUGUUUACCAGGUAUGCUACCCAGACCUUUAUAGACUACAUGUAUUAAAACACUUCAGAUCAUGACAGGAUAAGGGUAAGGGUAACAUAUUCCUUGCCAUUCUGUUUCUUCUUUUUACUCCAGGUGUCUUAUGUGAGUAUGUCCACCAGAGAAACUUACUCCAAAGUGGGGAGGGAGUUGCUGGCUGCCAUUGCAACAGUCCAUCCAUAUGUUAUCUCUGUGCUCCUGGAGAGACUGAGAGAUACCAUACAGACUGUAGGAAUGGUAAGUAUUAGUAAUGUAAUAAGACUUCACAUUUAUUUGACCAAGUUGGGAGGACAAUAUCUCACUUCUUUGUGUUGUGUACAUGUUUGUGACUCUGUAGGUGGCUCUGUACUUGUGUAAAGAGCUACCCUUGAGUCUGUGGCGACCCCGACCAGAGGAAAUCUGUGUGAUUGGAGCGUGGUUGCUCCAGCAUCCUCUGUCUGCUGUGGAAAACCGUCUGGCUUGUGUCAUUCUGGAGGGUCUGAACUGGGGCUACACAGAGGUAUGACCUGAUGCGGUUAAAUCUCUGUGAGCUGGUAUUUUGAGCGGUCGUGUGAGUUUUUUUUAAGCUUGAUUCCCUCUUGCAGGAUGGCUCCUUGGCCCUGCCUUCAUCUCUUCACAGUGAAGUGGCUCUGCUGGUGGCUGAGGCCUACCAGAAGUACCUUACUGACAAACCGUACAGUGGCCUCAUAUCAGAGGGAAUCAAACAGGUGAUGUUUGUUUUCUGAUAGACAAGACCAGUGUGACCAGUACCACCACAGCUUCAUCAGUUCAUCUAAAAAUGUGUCUUUUUUUCUGUCUUUCUUCCUCAUGCACACUCUCCCAUCAGGUGUCUUACCUCGCUAGUGUCCUUCGUUUGGGGGUGUCCCCCGAAGCGUCCUUUAGUCAAUGGGCUUGGCAACUGUUGCUAAGGCUGAAGCUCCACGGUAAUGCCCAGAACCCCAAGGGAGCCUGGUUUGUUCCUGCUUUGGUGUCCAACCCUCCUCCAGAACUUACACACAGCCCCAGCAUGCACUCUGUUAUUAGGGCUGUAAAAGCAGGCAUCCCUAUUGGAUGUUACCUUUCCAUUGCCAUGACAACAGUGGGACAUAGGUUUGUUAUCUCUUACACUUUUCCCCAGUAUCUUAGUUGAUUUAUGCUUCUUGUUAAAUCCAAUGUGUGUUUGUUUUUUCCUUAGUCUGGAACACUUUUGUACUGAUGGAGUUGGGUUACUGAAGAGUCUGAUACAGUCUCGACACCUGAGAGCUGCUGUGCAUCUUCUAGACAACAUUUUACCCCAAACCUACCCGCUCAGCUUCUACCUGCUCAACAACGCUCAGUAAGAAAGAUACAAGAAAGAAAAAGAUUCAUUACAGCACCUAAUGUAUAAAAAACAAAAAUGUAUUCUGCCUCUGCUUCCAUCUCUCUGUGCUAGGUUUGUGAGUUGUAUCCAGCUGUUCUUGCAGUAUGACAGCGUGUGUCCUCAAGGUGUCACCCAGCAGGUCACUCACCGGGUGGCACCGCUCCUCACAGGGACCACCUAUGGAGACAAUGUUAGGCUGCUAAACAGUGUCAUUCAGGUUUGUCACAGCAAUUGUCUUUAGCCGAAAACAUCAAGGAAAAACGUUUUUGGCAAAGUACCGAAAAAGUUUGUUUUGUCUCCCAGAGUCAUGUUAUGGAGAGUUCACAGCCCGGUCGUGUGGGAGCAGCAGCAGUGCUGGAGUUCUGGGUGGGGAUUUUGACUCAGCAGAACUUGUGGUACAGGGACAAAACAGUCCUGUUCCUAAUGGACCAGAUCUGUUGUGCUGCGUUCACACACCAUCAGGAGGAAUGUGUUCAGAAGCUUCUGUACCAGCAGCAUAAGGUCUUUACUCAGCCCUGUUAUAGAUUUCCAUUAUCUAUGGUCACUGAAGUGGGCUGAUUUUUUUUCCAUCAUUAUACAUCUUGCAGAAUGCCUUGGGUUACCACGGAGAUCGAGGUCUGCUCUCCUCUCUGGUUGGCUGGAUUGCUGGAAAUGCAACGCCCUCAUUCAUAGAGGGCCAAUCCCUGAGUGUGGAGGUGAGGGUCCCUAGGCACAAACAGUAUGUGCAAGUAUUCUUAAUGAAAUUGGUGAAAUUCUCGGCCCUGACUGAGUUGUCUGUGUUUGCAGGUUUGGUUCGCCUGGCUUGUGCUGAAUAUGGAGGGUGUGUUUGAAGAAGAUUCUCAGCUGAGACGCUGUGUUGAACAAGAGCUGCUGGCAGAGUCCAACCUGACCCCAGAACAAGCCUUAAAAGUACAUGGAUGUAAAAUCUAAAAGUGAUGCUUUUGUUGAAAUGGAAAUCCUAGGACAACUGUUACUGAUUGAAGUCUAAAGUAAAAACACUGGAGUGAUAGUUAUUUUUUUUAUAAACCCUGAUUGCUCUGUUUGGCUUGUAUUAAAGUAUGUUUUUGUCUGUGCCAGAAAGCACAACAGAGACUGAAGUUGCCAGUAGCACCUUCCUUGCAGCGGCUCCAGGUUUACCGCUGGGCUUCUCAGGCCUUGGCCACACCUCCCGACCAUCCUCUCCUCCCUCUAGUCUGGCAGAAGUUCCUCCAGCUCUAUCUCAGACAGCCAGGACCUGAGUAUGGGUAUGAAACCAACACACAUCGCUCCCUGUAGCCAAAGAAAACAGACCAUGUGGAGGUAUUUGAUCCCUUUUUGUGUGAUCCGUCCACCAGGUUGGCUGCAGGUGGCUGCAUUGGGCGAAGGUUCUUCCAGGCCUCCCAUCAGGCUACUUUACUCAGAGACUUAAGACAGAGAAUACAGGAAGUAUCUGACUUUCACCAUACUGCCAGUCAGGCCUUAAGGGUGCCCCCACCACACACACCUUCAGACAGCCAGGGUGAUGAAAGCCCGGACAAUCCUCGCCCCCCUUACCUCACUUCUCCACAGCUACACACAGAGCUGGUCAGGUAGGUCACUGAUGAUUCGUCUGUUUGCUCCUCAGUGUUUUGAAAAGAAGUAGCAGCCAUCCAUGUGUUAACUACCUUUUAGAUCUCAGUCGAUUGGUUUCUUACAGGUUGUUUGGUGUAUUUGCUGUGUGGUUUGACGAUGAGACUCUGCAGAGGCAGGAAGUGUACCUCCCCUCUCUUACUCCAGAGUAUGAACCACACAGAUUGGCACAAGUUAUGCAGCGGCAGCAGGUUGGUUUGUAUUUUUGUGUUUAGUUUAAAAAAAAUAGAAAUCAUGGAGUUCAUACAAUUAAAGUAUGUGCCGCCAUGUUAUACUACAGGAACUGUGGCUGGAAUAUGUGGACCAGGAGCGUCUGCAGUAUGAUGAGAGAGAGGUUUUGUCCCUGUGGGAAAAAGUGCAGAGUGAGCCAACCUUCUUGCAGGCCCAAGACUCUAGUUUCAUCGACAACUCAAGCCUUGGCAAUGGUGAGAAGCCUCUAAUGAUGGCCAAAAGAUGAAGGGAUUAACAAUUCCAAAAAUCUUUAAUCUCUUAAUCUUCUAAACUGUUCAUCUAUUUGCGUUAGUAGUUUAGAAUGCUUUUCAAUUUUCAACCCCUUGAUGUUGUGGUUUGUAUUUAUUUUUGUGCAGCAAGAGAACGAAUCCUUUCCAACCUACAGAAGCAUCCAAUUCCACAUCCAGCUCCAGAGCUGCAGCAGCAGAAGGCUCCAGUAUCUGAAGUCCCUGUCACCUGUCUCACUGACUCCAAGGCUGCUAUGAAACUGAUGAAGCAGGACCUCAGCACCCUGCAGGACCAGGCCAGGUACAUGGACAUUUUGAAUAUAGAUAUAUAUCCAAACCAGAGAUGAACUCACCUGCUCUGCAAAGUUUUAAACUGAUUAGUAAAAACUGGUUGUCUGUAUCAGGAUUGCAGUUGCCCGAGAAGCCCAGCAGGUGGCAUUGGAGCAGGAGCUGCUGGAGAGCCUUCCACUGCUGUACAAAAACCAACCAGAGCAAGUCACCAUGGCCUUGGAGUGCAAAGGGAAGGGGGGUCAGCCGUGCCAGGGAGCGGCAAACAUCACAGUCACAGUAUGUCUUCAAAAAUCACCCAUUAGAAACCUUCACAUUUCAAUGUAUUUGCCUCAUUCGAUUAACUUGUUCAUCUGUGGUCUCUGUGUAGUGUGAGCGUGUCCAGAGACAAGAGGCAGUGCAGACACAGAUAACCUCACUGCGAAGAGACAUCAAGCAGCUUCAAACGGACUCCAUGGCUCCUCCGCCACAAGGCCUGGCUCAGGCAGCUGUCCACACUGAGAACUUAAUCACGUCAGUGCAAACACUUGCUUUAGAUUACAAUAAAUAUUUAUAUACAAACAUAUAAAAAUGUUUUUCUGAUUAGAAUAGAGAUUGUUGACUGAUGUACGCACUUUUUUGAUGUGUUCAGGGCUCUGGUGAAUUUGUACAAGACACAGAAGUCUCCAGUGGUGCAGCAGGUCGGCGUGUCUGCCUUCUACCAGGUGGUCUCCUUCGUGUGUGAGGACACACUGCGACACCCCCCCACACGACAGUACCUUUCCUCAUGUGUGGAAAUUCUGGGACAGGUCUGCACACACAUGUUAUCAUUGAGCAGUAUUUAGCUUUAUAAAGAACAACCUAAGAAAACUAAGAUAACUACAGUUCAGGUAUCAAACAGAUCAGCUAUUUGACCAAUUGGAUAGAAUUAAAGGUAUAAGAAGUACAAACGCUAAGUGCUUUACUGUAUACAUAUUACUGCUUGCACUGACAGACUUCCUUGUGUCGUGUGUAGGUGUUCAUUCAGAACAAUUCAGAGGAAUGUGGCCAUGUCCUGAAGACCAUCCUUGAACAGAGGCGUCUGUGCCCCCUCAUUUCCCCCUUCUUCACCCCCAAUGCGGCUCCCAAUCAGCUCGUCUUCCUCUACCAAGAUGUGGUUACAUCCUUACACCUGGAUACCGCCGAUGUCAUUUUCAUGCUGCUCACAAAAGUUAGUGCACAACCAAAUCAAAACCGAAAAGAAAUGCUUUGUCUGUCCAUUUUCAGUGAUCCACCUCUUUCUCUGUCUUCUUCAGUUUGAUUUAUCCCAGUGGCUGAAUGAAUCCCAUCCUGUGUUUUCGGAGAGAACCCGUCUGCUGGAGUUGGUCCACGGCGCUCUCUGCGUCUGCGGCCGAGACCCUGAGCCUGAACUCCUGAUGCCUUUUCACAUCUUCACCAAACACUGGACCUCUCUUUUGCGCCAUCAUUUCCCUGAUCACUACAGCGAUUGCCUGCGUUUGCUAAUGACCAGUAAGAGCGACUGUGUGUGCUUGUGUGUGUGUGUGUGUGUGUGUUUGUGUGUGUGUGUUUGAAUGUGUGUGUGCCUGAACAAAAUGCUGUACAUCUGAACAAGCUGUUUGAAUCAUUAUGUUCUUGAUCAAAUGACUCAGUGUCAUUUUUUAAAUCCUCCUUUGAACAAGUACCGAGAGACAUCACUUACUGAAAAGGUAGAACACAUUAUACUCUGUCACAUUUAAACACAGGCUUUCUUUUUUUAUCUUACACAUUGUCGGUUAAUGCACUGCAGAGCGAGGACUGCUUUAAAACGUCCCCUUGUUGCUCAUUGAUGUGAAUCAUCAAGACACAUUCAUCCCUCCGAAAGUAUGCCUCCCACUCAUCUUCCCACGACAAAAGACAAAGUUAAUUAUUGAGCAAAUCUUAAGUUAGUUAAAUCGCUCCAUCAAUCAGAUAGGAAUAGAGGAAAGACCCCUGAAGCAUCUUUUUAAUUGGUUUAUCAACACAGAAUGUAGAUAUUUUGCUAAAAAGGAGGCAUGAAACACACAUGGGUUAUCUGACUCAGCUUUUUGGCCUGAUUGACAAACUAUGCUUUUUUUUUUUAACCUCAUCAGGCUCUUCAAACCAGUUACUGAGUCCAGAGUGCUGGAAGGUGACCUUGAGAGUGCUCGGCUCUUUACCUCCAUCCCGAAACUCCAAAAGCAAAUCUGACCAAUCACACUGCACAACUGAUGUCCCUGGCCGAGCUGUCGUACCCUCACCAUCUUCACACAGAACACCCAUCAGCCUCUCCCCUCAGCAGGUAAUUAAAAACCACAUCCUCACACGUCACACAUGCAUCAUAUCAAAAAACUUACAAAGUCAAAUUCCACCCGUCUCAUUCUUUCAUCAUCAUCCAGCCAUACAGAGUGAUUUUCUUCUGUUGUGAACAGGUGGAUGAGACAGUAGAUUGGGUGAGUGAUUACUUCCUGCGGAGUCGGCUCAGUAAGCCAGACCUCCGCAGCUUUGGUCUCUACUCUGCCUGGAUGCCGUACGUCACGGAAGUUGUUUCCUUCUGGGAAUAUUUGAUCAAUUGUUUGAUCAGCAUCCAGUUGAGCGGUUGUGCCAGAGAGUCGGUGGGAAGCAGCAAAACUAUGAAAGGUAACUGAUCUCAGUAAAUGUUGGAGAUAUGCAUACCGAGGAUCUGUCAUGCAAAUCAGCUAAAGUUUGCAUUUGCUUUAUUUUUAUUGUGACUGCACUAUCGCAGCUCUGCAGGACCUACACAGUAAGAUCGUAAAGAUGUUUAAGCCUUGGAUCUUCCCUCUGGACACUGAUGAUGGCGGGUAAGCGUUCCAGCACAGCCUCACUCUCUGUUGAAAUCAUUUGUUUUACUUUGAAGGUAUUUUUUUUGUUAGUGAGGCAGAUGUGAGACAGAUGUGAACACAGACAGAGCAGACUCAAGAGAGGGCAGCAGAUCAAAAAAUAUUCUCAUUCUCGCUUCUUUUAUGCAGGUGCAGCACAGAUGCUGUGGGGGUUUUAGCUCGAGUGUAAAUACUAAGCACUUCAAACAAGUCGACUACAAACAUAAAACAAAAGAGAUAAUGUUUUCUCCUGAUUUUGAGAUCUGGCACGAGAAGUUGUGAAAUAGAAAGUAGUUGUUCAUAUUUUUGUCUCAGGAACCUGAAGUGCUACCCCUGGCUGGAGACAGAUGCAAGUGCAGCAGGAAGUCUUGUCAGCCUGUAUGUACAGCUCACAGACACGCUGCAUCACAAGUUCAGAGGUGGGUUCCCUGACGUCUUCUGUCUGUACUUUGAUGCUACCAAUCCUUGUUGACUGUGCUUUAAAGGUUAUUUAUAACUGUGUGUUUACAGAGCGUCUGCUCCCCGGCCAGAGAGGAGCGCUGUGGCUUUGUAUGAUGCAGUACUGUGAGAGCUGCAGCGCCCCCUGCACACCUGAGUACCUUCUUUUCCUGUACCACACACACCUCCGCAGCCUUCCCUGGAGUCACCUGUACCCUGACACCCAGCUCAUGCAGCAGCUCUUCAAUGUGAGAUCCUCUGCCCUCAGACUCUGAACCCUGAACCCCAAACUCUGCACUCUGGUCUAGACAUGAAUGACACUGAGGUGCUUGUUAAUUUGAGACCUCAGUCCUUGGCCCCUGGCUCCUAUUAUUAGCCUGACUUCUUGUAAUCAUAGUCAAAACACCCUGUCCCAGGGAACAUAUUGCUGUCUGUCAACAGCUACACGUACCUAUAAAGGCCUCUGCGCAGGGUCUAUGCAUUUUGAAAUAGAAAUGUAUCAAUAACCAUUUUUUCCUAAAUCAAAUCUCUGAAACUAAAAAGAAUAUUUGCGCAUCUAUAAGUGGUAAACACACGGCAAAAAAGAGGAACAUCAGUGAGCAGGAGAGGGCCAGAGUCAGUGUUCUUAAAGAAAAAUCAUCACAGUUAGUUUUUUUGUGUUGUGUAGAUCCUCCUACUUUUUUUAUUUCAGUUAACUUCUUCACUUCUUGAAUCUCUGUAUUUUUUUAACCAAUUAUCUAAUUAGUCAUCCAGUCUGUGACAUUUUUUUUACCAGUGAGAAUAUUAAUGUUUUUGUUUGACUUAAAUGAGGUAGAUAUUAAAAAAUGUCUGAUCAGGAUAUUUGAUUACAAAUAAUUGGAUUGUUAAUUGAUUACAUUGAGUUGUCAUAAGUUUAUAUUAGGGAGUAAAGAUUAUUCUCUAAUCAAUCCAAUCAGCUUUAUUUAUAUAGCACAUUUUAAAAGACACUGAAGUUUACCAAAGUGCUGCACAGUAAAUUCAAAAGAACAACAAUUACUGUAGAGGUUAAAAAAACAUCAACAAGAAGAAAUAAAUAAGAGCAGGUAAAAACAUUUAAAAUGAGAUAAAAUAAAUCUGUGUUUUUAUGGAGUGUUUUUCGAAUGUUUUCUCCGUUCUGUGUCUGUAGGUGGAGAGAGGAAGUCCCAAGAGCUGUUUCCUCUUUCUAGGAGAGGUGUUAUGUGAAGUUAACUGGGUGAGCGUCCUCAGCGACCACCUUCAAACACCCCCCUCUUCAGCAUAUCCAAGUCUACCUGAUACAGGUGCUAAGAAGGAGUCCCACACCAUGUUAGUCUAUCUUCUGUACAUGCUGGUUUUUCUGGCAAAGGAGGAACAACUUCUGAGCCAACAGGUGAGUCCAGAACUGUCUUGUUUGACAUCAGGUUCAUCGGGUUUCCCCCCUUUUGUAAUCAUUUAUUGUGCUUCUCCCUCCAGGACUCUCCUCUGCUCAGUCUGUUGGUCCAGUCCACCUCUCUGCCCUGGCACCAGCUGGACCUUUCCUCAUACCAGGGCAUUCUGGUAUAUGUUAGCACCCACUACCCUCCCUCAUUGCUGCUCAGUGCUGAUUCUGCGCUUCAGCUGUUGCUGAAAUCACUGCGCAGUGCUGCUGGGCUCAGUCCCCGCCCAAAUGAAGUUCCACACGGGGUGAGAAAGGACAGGAAUGUGUGUUUUACAAGUUAAUUCACUGUUUCAUCAAGGGAUUGUGGACCUCUAAUGAGCUGGAUUGAGUUAUUGCCAGGGAGUAUUUGGACUGGUUUGAUCUUUAAGCCGUUGUUUUUUUUAUCUAGAGGAACACAGAAUAUUCAUACUUAUGAGAAAGUGCACAUGCAGCCGAAAACUCAGCUGAGAUUUCAUGAAAGUCCAUGUGAAAUGUUAAGUCAGGUCAAAUGUAUCUAUAAAGCAGAAGCUAACCAAAAAACAAAAACAAUUAAAUAAUAGAAAACAGGCGGCCUCAAAACAUCAGCAAAUACAUUUAACUUUGGAGGCAGUUAUAAUUCUUAUGACAACGGACUACGUGAUAAAGAGGGGCCUUUGUGUUUGAGAGAACAGGGAUUCAUGCUUUUCCCUUUAAAUCUUUAUAUAUGCAUGUGCUCUGCCUGAGGCUGAUACAUCUGUGAAAGUGGGAGGUUUGGAGCAUCUACAUCAAAUUUAGACUCAUACAAUCCAGUUACCGUUGCCAGCUUUGUAUCACUCAGCCAAAUCAUUGAAAUUAUAAACCUUUGAAUUUUAUGUUGCUGCAGAGGACAGAAGGGAUUUUUAUAUUUAACUUUGUGAUGUUCCAAAUUUUUGGCAAAAUUUGGCUGAAUGAACACAGUCCACUUUUAGUUUGUACUGUACGAGCAACUGAUUUAUGAUUGACAGUCUAUUUUUUUCUUUCUUUUUACUUUAACCAGCUACAUUAUCAUAAAUGACCUGACUGUUAUUUACUAGAAGUAAGCAUAACUAAUUAAUGCUUUAUUACUGGAAAGUCAUUAACAGUAAGUAUAACUGGAAAUAUGUUCCCAAAGCAGAGGUCAUUCUGUGCAUUCAUACUUAAGUGUCAUUACUUGGUCAAAUUCUGUUGAUUUUGGUAUUUCCAUUUUACAUUAACCUGAACAAUUAACCAAGAGUGCAAUGACUCCCUGUCAGGAGGAGACACUGAAGGCUGGAGUGUACGUGCACUGGUGUGUUCAGUCUUUGGUGACUCUGGAGCAGGGAGGCGGCAUCAGCCUCAACAGCCUGGAGGCUCAGCUGGAGAUGCUUCUGGAAAGCAUCGUAACAUUCAACCCACCUGGUGAGUUGUCCUCACAGUCUCCUUUUUUUAUCAACAGUCAGUGAGAAACUCUGGUAUCACCUUAUGUCCUGCUCUUUCCUCCUCAGAGACUGGUUUGGAGCAGAGGCACAUGGCGUUCUGUAGUUUGUUCAGUGACGCUCUGGCUCUGCUGAACGGAGUGGGUGUUUCAACAGGCGAAGCACUCGCUGCUCACGUCAUCUCCUGGCUGGACAGGAAGGGGAGGGGCUUUCCAAUUCUGCCUCUCCUGACUGCCUGUUCCCGAUGUCUGGCGUCUGUGCGACACAUGACGCGCAUCAUGGAAGCAUGUAUCACCGCUUACUUCAAUCAUGGUCAGCAAAAUUGCAUUUUCUCCUGUUUUUAAAGGAAUUUUAUGAUAUCAAGGACUCAUGUUUUAAGGUUUUUUAUUUUUGUUUUUCUCUAUUUGAUUUCAGCUGAGGAGGAGUCCUUAGGUUGGGGUCCUGUGUUGGCAUCACUACAGGUGCCUGAGCUAACAGUGGAUGACUUCCUCUCUGAGAGCCAAUCAGGCGGCAGCUUCUUGACACUCUAUGCCUUCGUCCUGCAGCGCCUCAAUACUGAAUACACAGCAGCCAAUGAGAAGAGGACGCUGGCUCUAAUUAACACAUGGACCUGCCAGGUCUUCCCGAGGUAUGAACCCUCGGUUUUUAGUUUGCUUUUGGAAGUCCAGCAUACAUAACACCCUGUGCUUAUAAUGAGUGACUGUAAGUGUUUUGUUGUGUUUUGUGUAUCCAGUGGUCCAGGCGAUGAAGCCAAGCUGUUUCUUUGGUGGCACAAAGCACUCAAUCUGUCAGCAGAACAGCUGCAGCCUCAAGCGGGCCAGUCCGAAGUGUUAGGAGUCGUUCUGGGUCUGUUGAGGUUACAAACCAGGCUGCUCCAGCUGGGAGAAGAGAGACUGAACUCUGGCCUGUUAGGAGCUAUAGGUCUAGGAAAGAGAUCUCCUGUUUCUAAUAGGUACGCUUACUCGCAUUAUACCAACAAAUAAAAGAAUUCUGGAGUAUAAAAGGUUAUUUUUCCAGUUGCUGCUAAAGCACUUAUCAAUCCAUCCUUUCUGUUUACUUAGGUUCAGAGUGGUGGUACGCAGUCUUGCAGCAUUCCUGUCAGUGCAAGUUCAAUCAGAGACAGAGUUGCGACUCCAGCCCACCGCUGAGUUGGAGCUCUCUGCUAAAGCCCAGCAAGUAAGCGAGAACGACUGCAAACACUGUGUUUUAAUUUUCCAGUCUGUAUUUAUCUCCUCAGAAUAACUUCUCCUUUCCCUCUGUGGAUGCAGACGCUGGGGAUACUGGAGGCCAUGCCCAGCAAUAAGCAGUACGCCGAGUUCGAGGAGUCUGUGAACAAAGCAGUGCAGUUCAUCCGCUAUCCAGGACACUGCCUCAGAGAUGGACCUCGACUGCUGUCUUUGCUGGCUAAUCUGUUGUACCCUGACCUCAGAUACCUGCACAUCAUCCGCUAG